UCCAUAAUUUGCUAGAGUUAUGAUAAAGUUCAGCUAUAAACUCAAUUAAAGCAUGAAAGCUUGAUCUAACCAGAACAUUGGAACAAAAAGUACUUUAUACAUUUUAUAUAUGUUGUCCAUUAAAGCUCUUGGUUCAGAAUUCAUCUCACACAGCCAUGAAGUCUAGGAUCAAUGAAAUCCUCAAUGGGACAACAAGAAAAACUUCCAAAAGUGUUCUCCUCAUACCAUUCACUCUGUUACUCAUCAUUCUCCCUCUCUCUCUCAUGACAAACUCCCAUGAAUCACCACCUGUGAUAUCUGCUGUGAGAAGCAGAAGCAGUGUGAAUAGCACAACAGAAUCAGAAUCAGAAGAUGGGUGUGACAUAUUUUCUGGAACAUGGGUUCCUUACCCUGAAGGGCCAUAUUACAACCAUGAAACUUGUCCAUGGAUACUGGAUCAGCAGAACUGCAUCAAGUUUGGGAGGCCUGACACAGAUUUCAUGCAUUGGAGGUGGAAACCAGAUCAAUGUGAGCUUCCUCUCUUUGAUGCAGAUCAGUUCUUGAAACUUGUCAAGGGAAAUCAUGUAUCUGAAGCUGAGGACCUUUCUGAGAGAUAUUCAUCAAAUCCAAUGUAUUUCAAGAGGUACUAUUUCGAAGAUUACAAUUUCACAUUGGCAAAUCUAUGGUCUCCAUACUUUGUGAAAGCCAGGGAUGAUGAUCCUGAUCAACACACUUACAACAACAUAAUGAGACUCUACCUGGAUGAGGCAGAUGAAGCUUGGACUAAUCAGGUUGCAGAUUUUGACAUUGUCAUUUUCUCAGCAGGGCAUUGGUUCUUUAGGCCUCUUCUGUUCUUGGAAAACAAUAAACUAGUUGGUUGCAACCAAUGCGAUAAGGAGAAUUUAACAGAUCUUACAUACUACUACGGUUACAGGAAGGCAUUUCGAACUGCGUUCAAAGCAAUCACAAACCUUAAAAGGUACAAUGGAAUGACAUUUUUGAGGACAUUCUCUCCAUCACACUUUGAGAAUGGGGAUUGGAACAAAGGAGGAAACUGUAAAAGGACAAAGCCAUUCACCAAGGAAGAGAUCAAGCUAGAUGGUUUCAUGCUUGAGACAUAUCUGACUCAAGUGGAUGAAUUCAAAGCAGCACAAAAGGAAGCAAGAAAGAAAGGCUUGAAGUUUAUGAUGCUUGAUACAACUGAGAUCAUGCUGCUAAGGCCUGACUGCGUUCAUUGGUGCUUGCCUGGUCCUGUUGACACAUGGAAUGAGUUAUUACAGUAUAUGAUGAACAUGGAAAAUCAAGAUUCCUCUGACUCAAUUAUACAGAGAAUUUUUUAGAACAUCUGGUUUACCAUGUACUAUUUUUUACUUGUAUUUACACAAGGUUUUGGAAAGGAAAGUGAAGAGGGAUCAUAGAAUGUAUUUAUGUACUCUUUAUACUUUAAAUAUAGAAUGUAUAUGAAAAGCAAUUUGUGAAAA